GCAUCCAUUUCACUCCAACAUACUCAGUUACAAUGGAACUGUCAAAGAUCUUCAUUACCCUUCUCCUUAUUGAAGCUCUAUUCAUCUCGAUCUCCCACGUACAAGUCCAGGCAGCCCCCACAAACUCAAACCUCUUCAGAGAAUACAUAGGUGCUAAAUUCAAGAACGUUAAAUUUACUGAUGUUCCCAUAAACCAAAAUGUUGAAUUCCACUUCAUUCUCUCCUUUGCUAUAGACUAUGACACCUCAGGCUCCCCUUCUCCUACCAAUGGAAAAUUCAACAUCUUCUGGGACUCUCAUAAUCUCAGCCCCUCUCACGUGUCAUCCAUCAAGAACACCCACUCAAACGUGAAGGUGGCCUUGAGCUUAGGAGGGGAUACUGUGGGGAAUGCCUUUGCUUUCUUCAGCCCCUCCUCAGUGGAUUCAUGGGUUUCUAAUGCUGUUUCUUCACUCACAAGGAUCAUAAAGCAGUUCCAUUUGGAUGGGAUUGAUAUUGACUACGAGCACUUUAAGGGUGAUCCCAACACCUUUGCAGAGUGCAUCGGACGGCUCAUAACAACUCUGAAACAAAAUAAGGUAAUCUCAUUCGCUUCCAUAGCUCCAUUAGAUGAUGAUCAAGUUCAGAGCCAUUACUUGGCCCUUUGGUGGAAAUAUGGGGACCAAAUAGAGUAUGUAAAUUUCCAGUUUUAUGCGUAUCAUAAGGGAACCUCUGUAUCUCAAUUCAUAAACUUCUUCAACACCCAAAGCUCCAAUUACAAUGGUGGUAAGGUGUUAGCAAGCUUUAUUACCGUUGGAAGCGGUGGAUUGUCACCUGAAAAUGGAUUCUUUACUGCCUGCAAUAGUCUCAAGAAUCAGCAAAAACUUCAUGGUAUCUUUGUUUGGUCCGCUGAUGACUCCAAGGCAAAUGGUUUCCGCUACGAGAAGCAAUCACAAGCACUUUUAGCAGCUCCCCGCUAGUAUUUACUUCAAAUUACAACUUCUGUAACUUAAAAAUUAGGGGUAAUUACUUUUUCCCCCAUCAACUACCAGCUAUUGUCAACAUGCCCCCAUGAACUGACACUUCAACCAAAAGAGAGCAUCCAACUACCAACUUUACACACUUUGCCCCAUUCCGUCAAGGAAUUCCGUUAACUUGGACGGAAUAUUUCAUUUUUGGGCGUUAAUUUUGGUUUAAAGACCAAAAUGCCCUCCAACAGUAAUUAAUAAAAAAAAAUUAAAAUUAAUAUGUUUAAAAAAGUUGAGGGCAUUUAUGUCUUUUUACGAAUUAAACUGAUGGAAGGGGGCAAAGUGUGUAAAGUUGGUAGUUGGAUGCUCUCUUUUGGUCGAGGUGUCAGUUCAUGAGGGCAUAUUGACAAUGACUGGUAGUUGAUGGGAAAAAAGGUAAUUACCCUUAAAAAUUAGAUUCCUGUUUCAUGUCCUACAGUAGUAUGUUGUUUUCUAGUAUAUAUAUGUAAAUUCAAAUUACAACUUCUGUAACUUAUGAAUUAGAUUCAUGUUUCAUGUACUACAGUAGUAUGUUGUUUAUAUAUAUAUAUAUAUAUUAUUUCAUGUUCCUGUUAUGGCAUAGAUUUUCCACAUA